UCCACGAGUUGCAUCGCUCUCAACAAAAAAAGAGCUCUCGAUGCCCUCAUGCACGCAAACACCAGACUUGAUCUCUGUCGGGCCGCGAAAUCUAAACCCCCAAACCCCAGCACACAAGAACUGAACCGGCCAAAGUUCUCUCUCUCUAAAGAAACCUUUUCCAUCUCAUUUCCCACCUUUCUACAAUCUCAAUCACUCAACUGUCACUGUUUCACCUCCCAAUCCAUCACACAAUCAUAACUUUCCUUAUACCUUAAAAAGGGUUUUAACCACCAAAUUCCAAAUCCCAUUUCUUCAAACUUCACCAACCCAAUGUGUUGUUUCCUUCUCGGAUUUUUCCAAUCUGGGUCCAACCAAUGGGUGCCCUAACCAGCAAUCACAGGAGCGGCGACGGUUACUUGUUCUUCCCAUUCAAUUCCAGAUUCUUCUCAACUUCGCCCAAUUCAGAUACCCACAUUGCGAAAAAGCCCAAAACUUCACCCUCAUCUAUGCAAUCCAGUCCCGAACAUUCUAGAAGCGCAGCUUCUAGGGUUUACAGGUACCCCGACCCGGUGAACCCAAUCCCCAGGGCAGUCCAUGCCCCUUGCAGAGAGUCCAGGUUCAGCUUUUGUUCGAGCUCGAGUUCAAGUCGAGAGUCGAGGGUUGAGAAGGACGAGGAAGUGAUUGAUGUUGAUGAGAUGGGCAAUUCUUUGAGCGCUAAAUAUGAUAAGGUGAAGAAAUUGAAAGAAUCCGCGAUUGAGAGUUUUAGGUAUCUUAAGAAGGAUGAGGAAGUGAUUGAUGUUGAUGGAGUGGUAGAUAGAGGGUAUGUUUCGGGGAAUUCGAGUGUCGAAGAAGUGGUGGAAGUUGUGUGUGAUGGGCGCGAAUGGCGGUUGCAGGAGGAGAAUGGGAAGGUUGUGGUUGUGGAGCAUCGUUCGGAUUUGACGAAUACAAAUUUGAUGGAGAAGAGGAUAGAAUCGCUUUCGCUUGAUCGGAAAUGGGAUGGGCCGUUGCACAAGAAGUUGCUUGAGGAUGCAGGGAGGCAUGAUCCUAUAUUGAAGAGCUUGAGUUCCGACAUUGAGAUAAAUGAGAAGAAAAUGGCUGCAUUUCAGUUACUGCAUCCUGCGAAGAAGCCACAACAUGAGGAUGUACUUCCAGACGUGCUUCGUGAAGCUUUCGUGCCUCUGACAAAGGAAGAAAAGGCUGAGGUUUCCUUGGCCUUCUCUGAUUCCAGUCGGAGGAAAGUUUUGGCCACUCAUGAGGACUCUAACAUUGAGAUCACUGGAGAACUUUUGAAGUGUUUGAGACCGGGUGCAUGGUUAAAUGAUGAGGUGAUAAAUGUGUAUCUCAAAUUACUAAAAGAGAGGGAAAAGAGGGAGCCCAAAAAGUUUUUGAAGUGCCAUUUCUUCAACACCUUCUUCUACAGGAAGUUAAUAGGUGGGAGGAAUGGCUAUGAUUUUAGAUCAGUCAAAAGGUGGACGAGCAAAAGGAAAUUGGGAUACUGCCUUCUUGAGUGCGAUAAAAUAUUUGUUCCUAUCCACAAAGAAACUCACUGGUGCUUGGCAGUUAUAAACAAAAAGGAUGAGAAGUUCCAGUAUCUUGAUUCACUCAAAGGGAUUGAUACUCAAGUCCUGAAAGUACUGGCUAGGUACUUCGUGGAUGAGGUGAAAGAUAAGAGUGGAAAGGACAUUGAUGUUCGUUCAUGGAAGCAAGAAAAUGUUGAGGACCUUCCUGAACAGAAAAAUGGGUCGGACUGUGGCAUGUUCAUGAUCAAGUACGCUGACUUCUAUAGCAGAGAUAUUGGACUCCAUUUCAAACAGGAAGAUAUGCCAUAUUUUCGGCAGAGGACUGCCAAGGAGAUUUUAAGAUUAAAAGCCGAGUGACAAUAUCAACUUCAAUUAACUUUUUUGUGCAAUUUGUAUAUAUCUGCUGCAUCGGAAGCUUGAUGAUAUGACAUUCGUUGCUAUGUGUUUACGGAGGAUGUCUACCGUCAAGCUUCUGAUGUGAUGGGCUUGUCGGGGUUAUGGUUAGGAAUUCUGCUUGUUUCUUGGAUUGAUCAAAGGUCAUUGGGUCCAAGUAGUAACCCCUUUAUGGCGUAACUGGCAACGUUCAAUGGAAGACGGGCAACUUGUUUAUACAACCCAAGUUUGCGCGAAACUUAAUACUACUUUUCUCGGUUUGAUUUUGGAGCUAGGGUUCUUCAUACAAUUCCAUUCACCUUCGGCCCCAUUCAGGCAGUUACUAGUCAUCUUCAUUCUAACAGUUACUAUGAAGUAGUUAAGCUAUUGUAAUCACAUAGGAAUUCUUAUUCUCUCUCAGGAAAGACGGGACACUUUCAAAGAAGACAUUUGACACCUUUAGUACUUGUAACCAAGGUUUUCAUUUGUAUCUCAUAGACUGUGAUAUUGAUCUGGUAAUACCUCAGUCCACAGUAUCUUUGAUCGGUUGUGCAGUUAAUUUGAUCUUGAGGAUGAGUUGUUACCUUA